AUGGCUGAUUCUACAGCUAUGCUCAGGUCGCUCAAGGGUUUAUUUCGACAUCUCAAUUGGAAACCGUCCAGAAGGCCGGAUUGCGUUCGAAUUGUUGUUCCAAAGACAGCGGAGAAUUUCCGUGCACUUUGCACUGGAGAAAAGGGCAUUGGAAAGCAAGGCAAACUAUUGAGUUACAAAGGGUCCAUUUUCCACCGAAUUAUCAAGCAAUUCAUGAUUCAGGGUGGUGAUUUCACCGAGUUCAACGGUACUGGCGGCGAGUCCAUCUACGGCGAGAAGUUUGAUGACGAGAACUUCGAGCUUAAGCAUGACCGGCCGUUCUUGCUCUCUAUGGCCAACUCCGGCCCUGGCACUAAUGGAAGUCAAUUCUUCGUGACCACUGUUCCAACUCCGCACCUUGACGGAAAACACGUUGUGUUUGGGGAGGUCAUCAAUGGCCGCAGCAUCGUUCGCAAAAUCGAAUCGCAACGCACAAAUCCGAACGAUAAACCUCUGGUGGACGUCAAGGUUACAGAUUGCGGCGAGCUCACUGGAGACGAAUACAAGAACGCUACACAGCGCUUCGUUGAUACCACUGGCGAUACGUAUGAGGACUACCCAGAAGACGUCAACGAGGAGCUUUCUUUGGCCCAGUCCUAUAAAAUUGCCGUCGAUCUCAAGGAGUUUGGAAACAAGGCUUUCAAAAGCGGUGAUGUUGAGGUCGGCUUGGAGAAAUAUCAAAAGGGCCUCCGCUACCUGAACGAAGCGGUGGAGCCAUCCGACUCUGAUCCGAAAGAACUACCUCCCCAGAUGGCUGCGUUGCGUUUCACCUUGAAUUCCAACUCCGCGCUUCUUGCCAACAAGCUCAAGCGUUUCACUGACGGUCGCGCCUGGGCCGGUUAUGCGAUUAACACCGCGAAGGAUGCUAGUGCUAAAGAUGCUGACAAGGCGAAAGCAUACUACCGACGUGCGAUUGCCAGCUGUGGGUUGAAAGAGGAGGAAGAAGCGCUCAAGGAUCUCGAAGAGGCAUUGAAGCUUGCCCCCAACGACGCUGCUAUCCUAAAUGAAAUUUCUCGUGUCAAGAAACAUAUUGCCGACGAAGACCGCAAGCAGAGAGCCGCCGUGAAGAAAUUCUUCUCUUAA